UCGUUGCUUCGUGGGAAACAGGUAGUAAGCUGGUAAUUGAAUUUCGAAGCGAAGAAUCAGAGUUUCGACGUAUGUACUUACAUAUAUAUGUAGACAGUUGAGGAAAACGGAAGGAUUGUCGAACAAGUGUCUUAACGAGGGUAAAAGGUGGGGCCGUCAGUCAAAGGAGGGAAAAAAGUGUCUGUAAGUGGAGGGGAUUUAGCCAAUACAUAGUUACAUUAGAUGCAGCCUGUUGAUUCAUCGGACGCGACAGUAACAGCCGCGCUGUAUCGAGUGCAACGUUGCAACGCCGAGCUUUGUGGAGGUUGUUCUCGUUUCAAUCUUUUCAGUCAAAGUGUAAUAAAACGGCGCGGCGUAUCGUGAUUGAAAAAAAAAGAAACCACCUUGAUCCUGGUGAACGAUAGGGAACGUGCGGACACGGGGUUCUGUCAGAAAAGCUUCACUACGCGGCGUACAGCGACCGGAACAGCGACGGAGCACGAGUCUGAUCGGCAAAGAAACGAAACACAGCCGUCCGAGAGCCACAUGCUGAGGAAGCGAGGAUCAACGGUACCAGUACAGAAGCUGUCAUCAUCAUGAGGCCUUGGACCAACAAAUCCCUCGGCCUUGGGCUCUUUGGUUUCUUACUGAUCGUGUCUGGUACCACUCUGUACUUCUCUUGGCCGGCUAUUUUUCAUCAUAUCCUUCAAAAAGAACUGCCGCUGACACCAACAUCAAAAGCGUUCCAAGUGUGGAAUGACACAAGCAGCUUACCACCAAUGUAUCUAAAAAUUCACUUCUUCAACUGGACCAACCCUGAAGAACUGUUGAUUAAAGGAAAGAAACCUAAUCUCGUGGAAGUUGGUCCUUACGUGUUUCGGGAGAUCAGGCAAAAGGCGGACGUGGUGUUUCACCCUGAGAAUGAUACGGUUAGCUACUUAUAUCAACGGUGGUGGUUCUUCGAACCGGAACUGACCAACGGUUCUUUGAAUGACUCCAUCACGCAACUAAACGCUGUCGCAAUAUCAGCAAAACACAAAGUCCGUUACUGGGACGGCGCGUUGCAAAGUACUUUAUCGUUCAUGUUGACGGCGUCGAAAGUGCACACCACCAAGACUGUGAACGAACUCUUGUUCGCCGGCUACGACGACUCUCUCAUCAAGCUGGGAAGAAUGGCAGCCUUGGGGGAUGAAAUACCACCUUUUGAUAAAUUCGGUUGGUUCUACAUGAGGAACGGUUCCACGAUGUUUGACGGCCACUACAACAUGGACACUGGGGUUCACGACAUCAGUGAGUUCGGAGUCUUGAAAAAGUGGAACCACAAGGACACAACGAAAUUCUUCAAGAGCCCGUGUAAUCUGGUAGAAGGGAGCGCCGGCGAAUUCUGGCCACCUUAUCGUCAUAAAGACGAAAUCUCCCUGUUCAGCGGCGACUUGUGCAGACCAUUAACAUUCGACUACGCGCAGACGACUUAUCACAUGGGCAUGGAGGGUUAUCAGUACGUGUUGAGCGAGAAAACAUUGGGAAACAACACUAGAAGACGUUACCCUCAUGAUCAGGCUAAAUACUUCGAGCAAACCACAACCACCGAGGAUUUCUUCGAAGUUGAACACUCAGCGGAAAUUACGGAUCCUCCUGAACAGGAUCCGGAUAUUGUUAAUAUAGGAAAUUGUUUUUGCAAUGGAAGAUGCACCCCUGCAGGACUGAUGAACGUCACUGCCUGUCGAUAUGGUGCACCUGUGUUUGCCAGCUUGCCGCACUUCAACAGGGCUGAUCCUAGUCUCACGGAACGAAUCACUGGAAUCGAUCCGCAAGAUGAUCAUGAUUUUUAUAUCAUCCUCGAACCGGCAACUGGAAUUCCCCUAAAAGUCUCUGCCAAAUUGCAGAUCAACAUUUUGCUGGAACCAUCAAAAACAGUGUCACUUUUCAGAUCUGUCCCGACGAUAUAUUUCCCAGUAAUGUGGUUCUCACUGGAAGUGGAAGCCACACAGAAGUUUGUCGACGACUUGAAGAAGCUUCUGUCGCUUCCUAAUGUUUGCAUAUACGCAGGGAUAAUAUUGAUUCUCGUUGGAUCCCUGAUUAUUUUCACCGUAGCACUCCUGUACUUGUUAAACAGGCAACGCGCAAACUCGGUGGCCAGUGACAAGAUUACCAAGCCGGAAGUGAUAGCUUCUAGAGAUAAAACAGAGCUGGUAUAUUUAGACAACGGCAAGAGCAACGAGGAUCCUCACGUGAGAAGCGAUCGUAAGCUGUAUCCAAGUGCACAGUCGAAGCUACAGAAUGAAAAAUAGAUGAAGAACCGAUGAAAAGUUAUAAUUGAAUGAUAGAAAGGACCUCUAUUUUCGUGAACGAUCAGUUCACGAAAAUUCGUUGAUCUUCCCGAUGAGGAUCAUAAACGAAAGAAGAGUAAUAUGUUCUAAAUUAUAUACAUUUUUUUUAACAGUUUUUGUACAUACCUAAAUUAAGGAAUUUGUAAUUUUCGUAAAGAUACUAUAUAUCAGCUGUUUUUUUUUUUCUUUUUUUUUUUGGACAAGAGACAGCGCAAAGUGUGUUCAUGUUCAGCUGAUGAACAACGUGUCGAUGUUGUGGAAAUGAUGGAAUCUUGAUCGUUGAUCGAGAACUUGGGUAAUUUCUUCAACUCGACUAUUUAGAUACAUUCCUUAUUAUUUUUGUUUCUUUUAUUCGAAAGAAAUGUUCAAUCGAACGUAAGACUGACAGAAGCGAUAAAAGUUAGUUUGUGGAGAUUUAAUUUGAAUUGGUGUCGAUUAUAAUUUUAACAAUUGUUCGUUCGCGAUUCACAACGAGCUUUAAUAGAUUACUUUGAUGGGACCAAGAGAAACUGCUCAAACGUAAGACAUUGUUUGGUGAUCGUUGCGAAUUAAAUGGUGUCGAAUAACGAAUCGCAUCAAUUCGAAGGUGUCUAAUUUACGUGGCCUACUAUCAACGGUUCCUUAACCGUGUUGAUGACUGACGUACGAUAAAUGCUAACCUUAUCGUAGACAUCAAUUAUUCCUGUAGAAAAUUACAUUUGUGCCAAACUUUGAGUCGCGAUAAGAUGUCCACAGAUAGGUGUCCAAUUCACGGAUAGAUAGAUGACGCGACAUGUUUAUACGAUUCCAUCGAGUGCAAUCUUAUGAUUGCGUAACUGUAAUCCCAUCUUAUGAUCAAGAUCGAAGAAGACGUACGUGGCCAGUGAUAUUGCUUUUUCUAGAAUGGUGCGAUUUUAUAUUGUAUUUUAAUAAAAACUUUAAACUUUUA